CGCUGCAGACAGAGGCUCCCCAGCCCCUGCUCCCCCCUCCUCCUCUCGGGCCCCGACACCCGCUCCCACCUUUGGGGGACGGGGGGGAGUUUUCCCCUCCGCAGUCCCUGCGACAGGUGAGGAAACUGAGGCGGACGGGGCAUCUCCCACGUGGGCCACAGGCUCUCGAGGCCCCCAAGCCUUCCCGCAGCUGGCUUUCCUCACUGAACCCCUUGACCAACUACACGCUCCGAGCUUCGGCCUCCAUCGCUACUGCCCGUCUUCCUGGGGGCCCUGCCCAGCUGACACCCUCACCCCCGCCUUUGCACAGCGGUCCGCUCAGCCCCAGCGCCGCCUGGGCCUCCUAUGGACGGCUUCCACCUUUGCGGCUGCCCCCAGCCAGGCUGGUACGGGGCAGGAGUCUGGCCAGGGAGCGGUCACCCAUGUACCACAAGACAGGAGCCCCUGGCAAGGUCCAUCCAAGAUGAGCUUCCCUGCCAUCUGAGCUGGAACCCAGAACUGGGAGCAUACCUGUGCAAAGAGGCACCUUCUCCCCAGCUGCACCGCCCAGGUGGUGAGCUUCCCAUCGCUGGAUGCAUGCAAGUAGAAGCUAGGCAGGAGAGGGGCCGUGGGGAGACAAGCAAGGGGCUGGCGGCCGGGCUAAUUGAAUCCUGGAAUUGCAGGACUCCAGGAUUCUGUCUGCUGGGAACAGAGGAUGCUGCAGGGAGGUCUCUGUGGAGAGAUUCUGCUUCCAGGAGAGCAUCCACCCCCUGCCAUGAGCCAGGCCCGUCCGUGGUGCUGGGUCGCUGCCCUCACGGGGCUGGCGUUCUGGAGCGGGGAGGACCCGAUGCUGCUCAAGGCCUGUUGGAAGGGACGAGGCUCCAGGAAAAACAGAGCUGGUGCAGGAAUCGGGAGGCGCAGGGCUGUGGCCUCACGGAGAAAGUGAGUGGGCAGAGGGAACACCGCAGACAUCUAGGGAAGGACAUUCCAGACAAGAAAACAGACAGCUGGAGCAAAGGGCCUGGGGCAGGAGCAGGCCUGGCACAUCCCAGGAACAGCACGGAGGCCAGGCUGAAGGUGGGGGAGCCCAGGGGAAGGGAACACAGAGAUGAGGAUGCGGCUGAGAGGCUGGACAAGCAGAGGACAGGGCCAAGGAUGGGCCUGGGGACCCUCCACUCCCCCGGACAGGAGCUGACCACUUGGCACACGCUCCCUUCCCGCCACUGGAGUUCCCAGAGGGGGAGGGCUGGGGACUUAGAGACAAUGCUAGGGACACAGGGACAGGGCCAGGCGGCUGGGGGACAGGGGGCUGGAUUUAUGGCCUCCUCUGACCCCGGCAGAGAAACCAGCCUUGUUGGGCAUGGCCGAGUCACCAGCGACCAGCCUGGGGGUGGGACGGCCAGGAUGAAAGGCCCAGAGAAAGGAUUAGCCGUGGCCCAAAAGGCCACACAGGGCGCCAUGGCAACCACAGGGCCACGGAGCCCCAGAGAAUGGAGCUUGUGUUAACACCUCCCCACAGACUCCUCAAUGGGGCUGGGGGCUUGUUAACCAGCUUACCAGGCGGCCCAUUGACAUGGAAAUCCAGACCUGCCAUCAGUCAGCCCUGAAAAGGCCUGUCGGACCCUUAAAGGAGGCAGCCAGGGAGGAGGGGGGCCCCUUGAGCUGGUGGGGUGGGUAAGCAGGGGCAGGUGCUGGGCCAGCACGAGGAUGAGCUCCCACCUUCCUGCCCUGCUUCCUCCACAGCUGAGCCCUGCUGUGUGCACAGUCCUGGCAGGAAAGCCCGGGCUUGGGCGGGCUAAGAGUUCCCUAGCCAGGCACCCACUGGACAGGGUCUGUUGGGCCUUGGCUGAUGGGAGUCAGAGGGGGCCACGUGGUCUGAGGUGCUGGCCUGAGCCGCAGACUUCAGGGCUGGAGGGGACACCGGAUGGAGCAGUGGGGACAGGUGUGGCCCGUGGCCGCCUGCCCUCAUCCCAGCUCUGCCUCCAGCUCAGAAGUGACCUGUCUCCUCACUGGGAGGCCGUCUCAGGGCUGGCCUUGGCUACUAGGAGCACUGUGCCCUCCCGUCACCCUGGCCCUUUCCCCUGGGGCACCCCCUGCCCUGGCCCCUCGGCAGGGCUCUGUCCUCUAUCUCCCAGCCUCUCCCGCACCCUACCCCAGGCUGCCGGCUCUGAACACCAGGGCAUCUCCAGCCCUGAGCCAGUCCCGAAAAUGCACUCGAGUGACCUGCCACAGCACCCAGCCCGUUCCCAGGACGGCCCUCAGCAGCGCGGAGACCGUCUGUGAGGUCGGACUGGAGGAAAUCUGGCGGGAACCAUGUCGGGGGCGGUGUGGGGGUGGUGGUGGUGGAGAAACCGCCCUCCCCCCACUCACUGAGCGGGGAAAGCCCCUUGCACGUGGAGAUGUGCAGAAAUGCUGGGGCGGACCCCGCGGAGCGGGGUGGGGGGCUGGACAGGUGUCUAAGCCCCUGUCAACGGGGGGAGUACAGGCACAUGGCGGCCCCUCCCCUCUCGGCCCCCUCCCUCCAGGCUCUGGGCAGGACCCAGGGCGCUGGGGCAGGGUGGCUCUGGGCAGCGGGCGCCUUUGAGGCCUCAGUCUCCCUGUCUGCAAAGUGGGCUGGUGGUGGGCAAGGGCACUGGGGGUGUGGGGAGCCUGAGGGCGGGGCUCAGGAGAAGGCUGGCUCUCUGCAUUGGCCCCUGCAGGCAAAGCUCGCUUCCCCCCAACUGGGUGUGUCCCAAGCCUCAGUCCUGCAUCCCAGCAAGGGGAGAGGGUCGAGGGCUUCGCCCUGUCUCCUCAGGGAGGUGGUGAGGUGCCCUCGGGGGGAAAGGAGCUGGAGGUACAAUCGCGGGGAAACUGAGGCUCAGGGCCUUGCUCCGCUGUACCCAAGCCUCAGCCCUGCCUAGCCCUGGGCUUGGCUCACAGGUCACCCCUUUUGCUGAUGACAGACACAGUAGGUCACAAAUGGCCCGAGGCCCUGGUGGGGAAGCCCGUGUGCAGCCCUGGGUCCCCCGCCCCCCCACCAGCGUUGGCUUUCUCUGGGCGAGGCCCCAGCUGCACACAGCUGGCAAAGGGUGGGGGGCCGGGAACUUGAGAAGGCUGCGUCCCCCAUAGAUCCCAAGGAGGGGCCAUAGGCGCCCAUCAGAGACUCAGGCCGGGCUGGCCGGGCCUCCCCCUCCUUUCUCAGGCCCCCAGCUGCCAUCUGCCUCUGUCCCUCCUCGGGGGAACCAGGAGGGGCCAGCCCACAUUCCUCCACACGGGCCCCUCCCCACAUCUGCCUUCCCAAACCUCUCUUGUUCCCUAGCAGGCCCUGGGGCCCCGCACCCCACCGCGGACCUGGACCUGCGGCAGGGACCCCUCCCCUGGCAGUACUAGGGGUCCCCACGAGGAAGUGCUCAGAGGGGCAGCGCUCCCUCCCCCCACCUGGUCCCCCAGCAGCUCCACGUCAUGCCUACCCGCUAUGCUCCCGGCUCAGGUGGGCACCUCUCCACCCCCACGCAGGGCUCAGGGAGGCCCUGGCACUGAGUGGGGAGCAGGAGGGAGGCAGGAGGGAGAAGUCCAGCUGGACAGUGGGGCCAGGGGUGCCAGGAUGAGGGGCCACCCCGCCCCCAUCGUGCACUCUGGUGAUGUUGGAGGCCUGCCAUGAAGGACUACCUGGGUGGGUAAAGGGAGACCGUGGGCCAGAGACAGGGAAUAGUGGGUCCCAGGCUGAGGGCUAAGAUGCGAUGUUCCUUCUUGUUGGUCCUCAGAGCGCUCUGGACAUCCUGGAGGAGGGGGUCCUGGAAGCCAGGCCAUAGCAGGGUGCAUAGGAGUUCGCCAGCAGAGAUGGGUGUGUCUGCUGCAGGACUCACUGUUUUCUAAACUCCUGCGUGGGCCUGGUACUUCAUUCACUCAGCCGAUGUUACUUGAGCACCUGCUGUGUGCUAGGCCCCAUGCUGAGCACCAGGACAGAGAAAGAUCCAAACAGGUCUGCUCCCCACUCCCUCACAGAGGGAGACUUUUGGCUGCUUGCUGUGAAGCCAGGGAUGAUGGGAGCGUGAAAAGGACUGACCCACACUGGGGCAAGCUUCUUGCAGGGGAGGCUUGCCAGGCAUGGGAGGAUGGUAUGUGCAAAGGCCCUGUGGUUAGGAGGCUAGAGCAUCCGAGGACAGGACAAGAGGUCAGUGUGGAGACGGAAGUGGGGGCACACCACACACUGUGAGCGGGAGGUGAGCAGGAUGCAGUUUGCGGGGGACGGGGGGCCUCUUACCCUUCUGUGUGCACCGCUCCCCAGGCCUCCUCCCUCAAGAACCUGGAGCCUGGAGUGGACGCAGGGUGGGGGUCUGCAGUCAUGGCUGAGGUGGGGGGCACAUGUCGGGGUGCCGAGGGCUGUGAAGGCCGUGUUUGCGCAGGGAGCAGACGUGGGCACGCUGGGACCCAGGGACCCAUGAUCACACAGAGAGUCGCAUUUAGAGACACACAGAACAGAGGCUCAGCAGAAACACCUAAGCAGGCUGUUUGCUGCCCAUGUCCCCCCUCCCCCAUGCCCCUGACACACACACCAGCCGCCGGGGGAUCCGCUUUCUCUCCUGCCCCUUUUCUCUGGUUCUUCAGCAAAGCAGUUGCUCGAAACUAAUUGAAUUUUCCGCCUGGGAAGGGCCUGGGGAGUUAAGGCGGGUGGGGGCUGGGAAGAAGCUUGUUAACAGGUCUGGCCCUCCUUCCCCCUCCCCCCACCAGCCCGGCUCCUCCUCUCUGCAGUGGGGGUGGGAUGGCCAGGCCCUGGUGGCCUAGGAGCAUGGACAGACUGACAGGACGCAGCCCUCACCCUGUGCAGAGCCUGAGCGGGUGAGAGGAGGCCUGGCCUGCGGUACAGCCCCGCCUCCGGCCAGGAGCCCCCAGGGCUGCUGAAGUAGCCCCCGCACCUCCACUUCCCCUCCUCCUGCCACAGGGAGAAUGGGACUGGGGUGCGGUGGGCAGGGGCAUAAACCAGACGCUCCCGACGGGGGACGCAAGGCUGCCCUUCGAAACGCGGGAGCCCAGCCCGCCCCCCAGAGGAGGAGACUGAGGCCCAGGCAGGCCCACGGUACACUGUGGGCCGUGGGCAGGAGAGCUGGGGGCAGAGCGGGGCUGGUGCCUGGGGGAGGAAAGGGGGGCAGAGGGCCCCCCACCAGCCCAGGUUUACCCCCCACCCAGAGCCAGUAUUUUCAGUGCGCAGCGUGCUGCAGGGCUGUGUGUGGGCAGUGGGCUGUGCAGGGCGCAGCCUGGGGACAGAGAAGGGGCCUGCACCCUCCCUGCCAGACCCCGCCCUGCCCCCCAGCCUGGUUCCUUUUCUGGACCCCAGCCCCGGGGCCUCACCAGCCUCACAGGUGCAGCAGCAGGAGGGGGACCUCACAGCUCCGCCGGGAGCUGCAGGGAUGCUGGGGCCGCGGCCCUGGGGCUGGCCUCAGACUCAGGACAGCCGUGUUGCUCUGUUUCCUCAUUAAACCACUGCUUCUCUGGCCUAGCCAGGGCUGCUAGCCUGGGGGCCCUGCUGAGGGGCCUCAGGAGACUGUGUUUCUCCCGAGGGGUGAGCAGAGGUGACAAUGAUGGGACUUCAGGUCUUGUACCGUUGGGGGCUGGAACUCCCAGGCCCCAUCAGUAUGAGCCUGGACCCCUGGGGGGUGGGGGGGAGCAAGAGACCUGCCUGCCUUGAAGGGAGGGCGGCCACAGGCCCCUGCUACAGAUUAGGACGCUGAAGCCCUGCUUCGUUGUCUGACUCAGGGUCACACAGACGGGGGGCUCAGAGUCAGGGCUCAGAUCCUGACACUGUGUAUCCCUGAGUCCAGCUCCUUCCCCCACUGCGUCUGUGACGCUGCUGGAGGUCCCCCUGGAGAAGGGCAGCUCAGGGAUGUGACCGGCGUAGACCUGGCUAGGUCCCGGACAGCAGGGUGGGUGGCCCUGGGGGAGGCCGCUGGGAGGACCGGGGGCCCAGGCACGGCUGGAGGCGGUCUGGGGUGACCGAGAGGUCUCGAGCUGCUGUUGGCCCUGCCCAGCCCUGCCUCCCGGUUGGCCUCUGGGAUGCCCGCCGGCACAGCCCGCCUCCCUUCCUGCCCCCCUCCUCGGAGCCCUGGCCCACGAGGCAGGCACACCCGUUCCUGCCUGCUUCUCCGGAGGGCACGUGCCAGGAACCGGCGGCAGCCUCUCUGGCCUGUGCCACUGGAGGUCACGCGGGGAGCUUGGGGCACUGAGCCGGCCGGCGGGAGCAGACUGGCUCUGGGCAUAGAUGACCGCCAUUGCCGGGCUGCGGGAUGAGCUGUCUGUCCAUCACCCGUUCUGUCUGAGCCCAGCUAACUACUCAUACAUCCACCCACCCACCUACUACACACCCGCCCACGUACCCUCCAUCCACCCACCCACCCACUCAGCGCUCCUACCUGAGCGCCUGCUGCAGACCCCGGGAGAGGCUGACCACACAGUGUCCUGUUCCAGGACCCCAGGCUGGCCACACCUCAGCAUCCGGGCAGGCAGACCGGGGCGGGGGCGGGGGGAUGCAGGUCCUGG